AUUCGUUAUUACUGAUAAUAAUUUGUGUCAUAUCAUAUGGACUCGAAUCUUUCUACAGUUAUUUUCAUGACCCCAGUUUUAACCCUUUCUCGUCGACGUACAUCAAACAUUCUACUCUAUCAAGUUACCGUGUCCAGAGAUUUAUUGAGGGAAGUCUGGCUCUUCUGCGGUGGUUCGAUCAGAACUGGGUUUUCAUAACUUCUAUAGCUCCUGAUCUUCUUCAACUGCGUUUAAGAAGUAAACACAUCCAUCAAUCAAAAGAAUAAACCAGUUGGUCAAGAAUCAUAACGUUACGAUUCGCAGUCACGAGUCUGCCAUGUGUACCAUUGAGAUUAUCAAUAGACAUCAAUAGCAGCUGUCUCGCAUAUUUUAACUCAAAUUAGCCCAAGAAUAUGGUGGCAUGUUCCAAGAUUCAGAAUAUUUUCCUUCGUCUUUUGGAUUAUUUGAUUGUUUGUACCUUUAUUUCGCCGUUGGUGAUAUAUUACUGGCAAGGUACAUGGAUGCUCAUGGAUUUCUAUAUUCUUCCUGGCUCGAUUCUUGAUAGCGCGUUACUAAGUACGGGUCUAGGAGUAAUAUUUAGCCACUUUAUUUUAGGCACACAAGGAUGGAUGGUAGAGAAACUGUCAAUUUACAACAAAGUUUAUUUACAAAUCGCUUGGAAAAUCUGUAUAUACUUAAUAUCAUUAUCAACUAUAUCUUUCUGGCGAGGGGUAUGGAUGUUGAUGGAUAUGUUCGCUGGUGUCACAUUAACAGUGUUUCUGGUUUCUCAUGGUAUGGCUUUUAUCUUUCUUACUGCAACAAGAACAACCAGUUCUAUCGUGUUUUGUCCUGGUUACCUCCUUAAAGAUCAAACAACCAGUCCAUCCACCUCAUUUAAUUUCGAUGCAAUACCGUUAAUAAACUGUAUAAAAAAUAAAUCAAUUCAGAUAUUUAUUAGCCACUUUGUGACGGUGUUCAUAAUAAGUACAGCUAUAGUGUGCUACUGGAGAGGAACGUGGAACCUGGCUAUUUAUGUAGCAAACAUGUCAGUUGGUACCGGCUUAUAUACCUGUGUAGCGACAACUAGUUUUGGUUAUGUUGUUAGUUUGUUUUGUUUUAUAAUAAAUCAACCAUUAGAGAGAAAAUUAACUGGGAAUUCUCUGUCGUGGCCAUACUUGAUCAAAGCGUUCUUGGAACAUGUAUUCGUGUAUGUACUUGGAUUUGCUGCUGUAAAUGUUUGGAGUGGCUUGUGGUGCCUGGGAGAUCACUUCUUUAUUAUACCAGGCCAAGAAAACAACCAUUUGAGUGCACUUCUGAGGCACUGUAUCUCAUUUCUAGCACUACACCUCGCUCAAGGAACCAUCAAUCUGGUUGGUGCUCCAGCAGGAUGUAGAACACAUGGCAGGAACACUCUUGAGGGCUUAUUCAUGGGAACAUACUUUAUAUUCUCUGGUCCUAACAUGACGGGCAAAAGAAUAGAAGUGUCUUCAAGAAGUACUGAAACCAAGGAAAAUGGGAACGAAAAUAACAAAACACAAACUGAACCUAAUAUGAAUGAUGGUGACAGUAACGCAACUCGUACUGAUCCGGAUGUGAUUGGUAACGAAAAUAAGGCAACUUACACUGAACUGAAUUUGAUUGGUAACGAAAAUAACACAACACACAUAGAACCGAAAAUCAAUGAUAGUGACAGUAACGCAUUGGCACUUAACAGUAACGAAAAUAACACAGCACACAUAGAACCAAAUUUGAAUGACAGUGAAAGUAAUGUAACACAUACUGAAGGGAAGAUGGCUGAAACUGACGUGACUGAUGGAGAAAGAAACGCCGUGAAGGAGAAUGAAGACGCGGAACAUGACGUCACUGGAAAUGAAGAUAAUGCAAUAGACACGGCAACGGAACCCAAAGAUAUUGAUAAUGACAUAAAUAGUUACGAUAACUGAAUCAAGGAAAAUAAUGUAAAAUAGCGAUAUAAUGUAUUGCAAAACGAGUAUCGUAGACAAGGAAACAAGCAACCAAUAAAGACUGAAAAGCUUUC